AAUUUAAACUUCAGUAUCGAAGGAAAUGUGCGUCAGGUAGAAGCAAAUCUGAAGAAGUUGAAACGAACAGUUGAAAAAAAAAAACACAAGUGAAAAAGUGAAAGAGAACUUAAAAUAGGUUCACAAAGAAGCAAUAUGAAGCUGAUAUCAAUAACGGUACUAGCGGUACUGUUAACUGUAGCAGCAGCCAACACCGACGAAUGGAAUUUGCUUAACAACGGGGAAUCGUUUUUGCAUGAUCUAGUCCGCGAGAAACGACAAGAUGCAUCUCAGAAUGCAACCGAAGUAGCCGAUGAUGAUAUCCUGAACUUUAUUUUGGACAGCGGACGCCAAGGGCGCAGCUUGGAGGGCUUCGAUGAAGUCUACAGUGAUCCAUCAGUUCAGCAAGCCUUGCAGAACUCCGACGAUGUGGAAGCGAGAAACAUUAUCAAAGAGAAACUGUGCGCCUUGGGUCUUAUGCAAUGUGAUGGCGAACUCAUCGACGGCAGACGACCAUAUCUGAAUCCACAGAAUCUCAUUUACGCUCAACCAGUGGCAUUAAGGCCGGUUGGGCGUCCAAUUGCCACCGUUCCCAUUCAAGGUCCCCAAAGACCAGGACCACCUCCACCGUCUCCUCAGUACAUUCCAAAACCACCUCAACCGCAGCCUCCACAAAGGCCUCACCAGGGACCUUACGGACCUCCACAACCAAUGCCACCUCCCCGCCCACAGCAGAAGGUGGGCUUCGCCUCCCAUCAACCUUCCUAUAAUAGACCUAAUUCCUUCACAGGUAGCUCCUCAUACGGUGGACUCUACUCUAGUCAAUCCGGUUCCUUUUCACCCUAUCCCUCUAAACCCCUAGGUCCUAUCUACGAAGGUGGCGAGAUUCCGUACGAAUUUGAGAACCCCAACAAAGCACUCAUCAUUGGCGAUGGAGCGCCGCUUGUGAAACCUCCCGUCGAGCAGCACAUCCAUCAUCACUAUCACCACAUCGAAGGCGGUGAUAAGACUGCUAUCGCCAGCAAUCCAGUUCCUCUGUCUCAAGGAGUGCUUACCGAAUCGGCCGUCGGUGGCAGUUCGUUAACCAAUAGCAACCUUUACUCAUCCAGUGUUUACGGAUCAUCAGGAGUUCCCAACGGUGGCUUUAAUCCAUCGGCAAGUAAAGAUUUCGAUUAUCAAGAUCUGAAAGGAUCUUCAAACACUGGCUAUAACCAGUACAGUGGGUAUGCUUCCCAAUCGAAACCAGUCAAUCCCAACGUGUACAACCGAGGACCAGCUACGUUUGCAAGCACCGAUAACAUUAUCUACGGCUCGAAUCCUACUGGCAGCGGCGCUAGCGGCUCUAGCAACAGUUUUAACUCAGGUUAUCAGUCGUCUCAAGGUGCUUAUCACACAUCCAACCCAAAUUUGUACAAAAAAGAACUUAACGUCAAUGGUCUGGGGACUAAUCAGAACAGCUUCGCCACGAACUACAACAAAUACAGCCAACAAUCUAACAUCAAUAGCCAGUACAGUCACAAUCAGCUGGGAGCGAACAGCUUCGGUUCUCAAGGUGCUCAAUAUGGCGGAGCCAACCCCAGAGUUGAAGAAUGCGUGUGCGUCCCAUACGAACAGUGUCCAGCUCAGGAUGUCGUGGGUCGUCGAGAUGAUCUGAUCCUGCCGCUGGAUCCCCGCAAUUUCAAGACUGAUAUCGAAGCCGACAUUGAACGAGUUGUUGUUACCGAUGGCAAUGGAACAAUGACCGUCGUACAUGUUUCCAAAAACCAUACUGCUCAAGCCCGUUCGGCAAAUGUCACCGAACCAGUGAAAAAGAUAUCCAAGCGUGAGGCUGCUGCCAACAAAAAAUCAGACAAUGAUGAUGACAAGGCUAAAGUUGAACCGCGUUUAUUGGGAGGUGGUCAUCACGGUGGUGAAGGUGGAGGUGGAAAGAAAGUUGUUCCUACCUUUGGAGUGUCCUUUGGUCUCCCAUAUCCUUCGUAUCCCUUGAAUCCAUACGGCCCAAACCCUGCGGUAAAUCCGUACUUCGGCUCGAUCGGUGCGAACGGUCUGAACCUUGGCCUGGUCAAUGUAAACCCCUUGUUUUCCCUUCAGGUUACUAAAGACGAAUAUGGCGACAAGCUACUGAAGCCUCUCGUCAACCUUCAUGUUACGCCUACAGAAAAUAUUGUUCAUAAAGUUGGAAGCCUUCUCGCUGCCAAAAAGCAAAACAUUUUACAUGUCUUUAAUCAACACGAGCAUUACCAUAACCACAUUGGUUAUCCUCCACCUCCCCCAAUAUAUCGACCUCCUCAUGGUCCACCGCACAUUCAUGGACCACCUUCAGGUUUUGGUCCUACAGGACCCAACCUCAUUUUCACCAAACCACCAGGUCCAGUCUAUACAGGUCCUGGUCCCAUUUAUCCAAGGCCACCUGGUCCCAUCUAUUCAGGACCACCUGGUCCUAUCUAUUCAGGCCCCCCUGGUCCUAUCUAUUCAGGCCCUCCAGGACCCGUGUACCCUGGUCCACAAGGACCUUACGGAAAUCGGCCCCCGGGUCCGCCUUUCAUUCCAAACGGCCCAGGUCCCUCUCCCCCAUAUUAUGGACCACGACCACCUUUCUUUCGUGAUGCCACAUCUGCUUCUGACGUAGAACUUGACUACAAUCCGAACGACAUAGGCAGAAAUGCUAACAUCACUUUCAAUCAGCGGGCUCCCCCGAUUGGUAACUUCGACUACCAGUCGGUGUACCCCCAAAAUCAACCCGACCUUUUAAACCAGAACAGAGUAGAUUAUGGCAGACAAUAUCAGAACUAUCAGAGUAGUAACGAUAGACUUCCACCCACUCAGAACAUUCCGACGCCGGCUCCGGGACACUCCGAAGGUAGUAACAUCGUUAGCUUCCCGCGUAGUCGUCGUGCCACUGACAUAUCCGUUCCGGAUCAACUGGAACCGGUGCAGUCGAACGUCGUGAGCGCAGUCUCCGAGGAGCCCGCUGAAUCUGGGGUACAAGAAAAGUCUUUUUCAGCUGAAAAGCGUCAAGCAUACUACGGACCACAACCCCAACAGUGUCCACAGCGAACCGUUUGCUGCCGUCGUCCGGCUUAUCGUCCACCACCAACUCACGCCAAACUUGGCCAGUGUGGAGUCCGAAAUGCCCAAGGUAUCAACGGUCGCAUCAAGAAUCCGGUGUACGUUGAUGGUGACAGCGAAUUCGGUGAAUAUCCGUGGCAAGUCGCUAUUCUGAAGAAAGAUCCUAAAGAAUCGGUUUACGUAUGUGGGGGUACUCUUAUCGAUAAUCAGUACAUCAUCACCGCUGCUCACUGUGUCAAAACUUACAACGGGUUCGAUCUUCGCGUGCGGUUAGGCGAAUGGGAUGUCAAUCAUGACGUCGAGUUCUACCCGUACAUCGAGCGUGAUGUCAUCUCGGUACAGGUUCACCCAGAGUACUAUGCCGGAACGUUAGACAACGAUUUGGCUAUACUGAAAAUGGACUCCCCUGUUGACUUCUCCAAUACGCCGCACAUUUCGCCAGCAUGUCUGCCAGACAAAUACACCGACUUCUCUGGGCAACGUUGCUGGACUACUGGUUGGGGCAAGGAUGCCUUCGGAGACUACGGAAAGUAUCAGAACAUUCUGAAGGAAGUGGACGUGCCAAUUGUGAAUGACCAACAGUGCCAGGCCCAGCUACGUCAGACGCGUCUAGGUUACCAGUACAAACUACACCCGGGAUUCGUCUGCGCUGGUGGAGAGGAAGGCAAGGACGCCUGCAAGGGCGACGGUGGUGGCCCACUGGUUUGCGAGCGUAACGGUAGCUGGCAAGUUGUCGGGGUUGUGUCCUGGGGCAUUGGAUGCGGUAAAGCUAACGUACCCGGAGUUUACGUCAAGGUUGCCUACUACUUGGAUUGGCUUCAGCAGGUUCGUGGAAGAUACUAGAGUAACUAGUAGCUGAACUUUGUCGUGUGUAAAUUAUUCCGGAUUCAUAUUUAUCGAUUACAACGAUAGUACGCGUAAACUGAUACUCAAGGUAAUUCCGCUUUUGUAAUUUAAUGUAAGGUAAAACUUCAGCGCAAAAGAUUACGAAUGCAACGCGAAGCACGGAUUGAAUGAAAUGGAAACGAACGUUUGCUGGAGUUAAAGUGUAUGAUGCUAUGUGCAGCAUUUCUUAACAUACGAACCAUUUGUAAGUAACUUUUCGAUGUAGUGUAAAUUUAGACCUAUAAGUUGUGAAUAAAUUAUUCUAUUUAUACCUGA